AUGACAACUACUCCCACCUUCACCCUUAAUCAUCCACAGCUCGGCAGUCUAACUGGCCGCCUGAUUGAUGACCAGCAUGCUGAUGGACAAACUGUGACUGAGCCUGUCGUACAUUUCCGUUCCAUUCCCUACGCCACUAUCCCAGCCCGUUUCAGCCAAAGCGUACUCCUUGAUCACAUCCCGGACCACUUCGACGAUCGUCCGCGUGGUGACUUUACAAAUUAUGGUGCCGCGUGUCCGCAGGUGCCACAACCCACGGGUAGAGGUAGCGCAACAGGAGGAUUUGUACCUGGUGAAGAGCCAGUCACCUAUGAUGAGCAAACCUGUCUCAACUUGACCAUCUCUGCAUCUGUGAAGAACGUUGGCAAUGAGAAUGACUCAUCAAUACCCAAAAGACUACUUCCAGUACUAGUAUAUGUGCAUGGCGGUGGUAUGAUUGAAGGAAAGGGCCAUGUCAGCGCCCUUCAUGACACGACAAAGAUGACUGAAUUGGCAGCUCACGAGUCAAUGGAUGUUGUGAUUGUGUCUAUAGGUUACCGGUUAAACUGGCAAGGCUUCAUCGCCUGCCACGACCUACUCGAAGAGGCCAAGGAGAAAGGUGAACCUGCAUUCAAUUAUGGGCUUCGAGACCAACGCAACAGCUUCCUCUGGAUCCACAAAUACAUCGCAGGCUUUGGCGGUGACCCAGCUAAUAUCACGGCCUUUGGUGAGUCAGGUGGUGCUGUCUCACUGUUUAUGCACGCUUGUUCCGACGUGCCACUGUUUAGCCGAGUCAUCCUCCAGAGUGGUUCGCCCAAUGCUAUAGGUAGCUCGACACUUGAUGAGCUUGAUGCAUACUACCAUCGCCUGCUGUCAUAUCUGGGAGUGGCAGGAGAGACUCGUGCAGAGCGUCUCAAAGCGCUCCGUGAGGUACCGGUGUCGCGCUUGAUCGACUUUAUCCGGGACAACAAAAUCACCACGAUGAAGCCCUUCUUUGGCCCAGAGAGUGAAUUCUUCCCUCAGCAGCCCUUCUGGGCCAACCAAGGCGAGAUCUUGUCCAACUGUUCAUGGAUCGACGAGAUCAUGAUUGGCGAUGACUCAUUCGAGGGAGCUAUACUCAGCGUACCGACGAAGGACAUAUUAUCAAACAUGUACAUCGAAAGGGUUUGCAGUAUCCUCGGUGAAGAAUCUGGCCGCCGCGUGCUCGACGCAUACGAUAUUCACGACGGCAUGGAUGAGGGUCUCUUCUGGCAGCACGUGAUGGUUAUAAUGGGAGACCUGAUAUUCUCCGAACCCACACACGCGGCCGCCGUUGCAGUGGCUCGGGGUGGUCGCCAGCGUUUGUAUCGCUGGCAGUUUGGCCUACCGAACCCUUUCCCAGGAUCUGUUUUCUCCUACAACAUGGGGCAUCACUUUGUCGAACUCAUGUACCAGUUUAUGACCCUUGCAGGGCGCUUCCCUCCGCACCGCAAUCAUUUCCUACGACGUCAGGGAGAAGAAAUGGCGCGAAGCUGGAUUCGGUUUGCUAACGGACUCCCGCCAAUGCCUGAUGCGAAGCCAUAUGAUCUAGAAGAAGGAAGUAUUAUGAUUUGCGAUAUGUUACACGGGUGGACAGUACGAACAAGAGCGGAGGAUGAAGCCAUCAGCCAGCAGGAUCCGUGGGGUCCCCGACGGUACCGCCAGUGGGAAAUUUUGAACGAGGAAUUAAAAAGAGCUGGAUGUGCCAAGGAAGAGGCUGGCUCAGAGAAUGAGCGAAUUCAGAUGACGAGAAACAGGCUGAUGGAAUAA